AUGGGGUGGCACUGGAGCGACCUGGAAAUCAUGCCGCCCGGCAGAAUAACUUUACCUGUUUUGGCGGCAGCCACAACAAGGCUUUUAUACUAUUGGAAUUCUAGUUCUGCCUCUGUUAAACCUUCGGUUGACCACGAUCCUAUUUUAUUUAAACAUAGGUUUUGUGACUGCUUUGGUUUCGUACACGAUGCAGAUUACACCUUCGGAUGGAUGGAUGCUGGAGCAUAUGCGAGCGGUUAUCUAAAACGUGCGAAUUAUUUUAAUCUGAAGGUAAAGUUAUCUGGUAGACAUGACUGCCGUUUUACAACUAGUCCAGUUAUUUUGGAAAAUUUUCUUAGUUCCGUUUCCUUUUUCUGUCUGUUAUCUAGUGAAUUAGAUAGCCGUGUUAUUCGCAUUACGUUAAUAAUUAAUUCAGCUGCUAAAGCAAGCGUCGACAAUCAUGCAACACCUGGUCUUACUGAACGCAUUAAGAUCCUUACGCUAAAUUGCUGGGGCAUCUUCAUAAAGGGGAUGACAGUUCAGAAGGAUGUACGUGUUGACGCCAUCUGUGAGCUUCUUCGAAAGUCAGACUGCGAUAUUAUCUUCCUCCAGGAAGUGUGGUUGCAAUCUGACUUUGAGAAAAUCAGGGCCAGUCUGGGUUCUAUCUAUCCACAUUGCGUCAAAUUUCACGCUCAUCUCUUUGGUUCCGGGUUAUGCAUCUUCUGUCGAUGGCCGCUUGUGUCCUUCAUGGCAUUGCCCUUCUCUAUCAAUGGCUACCCUCACUAUAUACAUCAGGCCGAUUGGGUUGCUGGGAAAGCGAUGGGUUAUGCCUCCACAAUCACGCCCAGUGGAUUUCGCCUGAAUCUCUACAAUGCACAUACUCACGCCCGCCACUAUCUGAACCAUGACGAUGACCCCGUGGAAGGUCAUCGACUGGUGCAGGCCAUUGAAAUGAUGGAGUUUAUCAGGGCUUCUGCGGCUUCAUCUGACGCAAUUUUUAUCGGCGGAGAUCUCAACUUGGAGCCCUAUACCACCGCCCUUCGGCUCCUCAAACGCUCCCUCCAUCUUAAGGAUGCCUGGCUGGAUCAGACGGCCAGAAGACCGGUCGUGAGUGUUGAGGAGAUGGAAUUGGAGGGUGCGACAUGCGAACGCGGCGACUGUCCCUACGCCCAUAAGAAGUGGACCGCUUCCACCGGGAAUGGACUUCGAUUGGACUACAUCUUCUAUCGCCCCGGCGUUAUCAAUGAUGGCUUGUCAACCCAUGCUACUCUUCAACACAUUCACCUGCUUCACUCGCAGAAGUACUUUGACAUACUUUGCCGUUUUCCGCGACAACGCUACAAGUUAGUACUUUCUGACACUUCGACAAACGCGGAGCAGCAUGGCUAUAUCCACCCCUACUUUCAAUGGCACAUGAUCGGCUUUGGCAGGGGCAUUUCGUCGGAGCGUGAAGCCGUCACGGUGGAGUGUGAGCGAUGCCAAGUGGACAUGACAGAAGUGCCGCACAAACCGGGCGUGUUCUACUCAGAUCACGCCGUCGUCACUGCUGAAUUCCUACUUACAAUGCAUGAGGAGUCGAUUGCUGAAGAAGUCCCACCUAUAAACUCUCAUGAGGCACUGGAAACCAUCCUUAUGGAGGCGGACGGCAUAAUUAAGACACAGAUGAAGAUGGAAAACAAGAGGAGGACGACCCACCUCGUGAUUGCCGCUUUGCUCAUUGUUGCUUUCCUCACCCUCGGGACCGGGGUGCCAGUGUGCCACCCGGCUUACAAGUUCUUUGCCUCGGCAUUGCUUAUGCUGGCCGGAGCGAUAGUAUUCUGCCUGAUUUGGGGCAACGUAAUUGGCAGACCUUGUCUCAUGAGCAGUCUCCGCAACGCCAAAGCCAUUGUCUGGAAUCAUCUCAACGAAUUUAUACAGGCACCUGCGAAUGCGUUUAGGAGAAUGCAACCGCUCUCGUUUCUCAAAAGAAACGAAUCUGGUUACGACGAGCCGGAGUCAAAACUGGCAGUGGUCUGUAAUGCUCCGGGUCUUCGCCGCAGGAAGGCGUGCCAACACGGAGUCGAAAUGGCCUCUGGCGAUACCAAUGACGUAAAUUAUUGGCGUGGGAAGGCAGAAGAAUAUAAAAGACUGUGGGAAGAGGAAAAGGAGGAAUUUAGGGAAUUUCAACAGAAUUCCAAGGAACUUGAAACAGAGCUUGAAACCCAGUUGGAAUUGGUGGAAAAGAACAAUGCAGAACUUCAGGCCAAAGUUGAACGUCUGUCUAUUCAGGUUGAAACCAGCAAUGACAAGCACGAUAUUCUCGUUGGUAAACUGAAUAGACAGGUCACAAAUCUUCAAGAAGAGGUCAACACUCUUAAAGCCGAAGUGUUUCAGCAAAAACAAUAUAUUCGUCAGCUGGAGCAAGUGAAUGACGAUCUUGAGCGGUCGAAUCGCAAUGCCUUGGCAUCGGUGGAGGACACCGAGGACCGUCUUAAUCAGGUCCUCGAGAAGAAUGCCCUUCUUGAAGUUGAACUCUACGAGAAGGAUGAACUCAAUGUUCGUGUACAGAGAUUAAAAGAUGAAGUUAGAGACUUAAAUCAGGAACUAAAUCACCGUUCUCGUGUCCAAGUAUCCCCAGAAAAGGCCAUUCCACCACAGGUUACAGUUGAGCAAACAACACGAGACACCUCCGAAGCCUGCAUGCAGACGGAGGGAGGCAGGACACCUUCCCUUGCCACUACUCUCCGCCCUCUCACUCCCUCCACCCGAAUCGCUGCCCUCAACCUCGUGGGUGAUCUUCUGCAGAAAAUCGCUGUAACAAUUAGAGGCGAAUUUUGCAAAUGUCUGCCGCUGUUACGACGCAGUACCGACCAAGAUCCCGAAACUCAACGAUCAGACGCCUCAAACCUCAGCGGCCAACGGCGCUGCCUCGUAGGCGAAUACCUGGACCUUCCAUCCCCCCUCCUAAAUGUUAUUCCCUGUCCUCAUGUAUAUGUGGCCCCCAAUCGCUGUCAAGGCUGGAUUGUAUUAUUCCAACCCUCCCAUCUUCAACCACACAUUUUAGCACCAAUACUCAGAAGUAAAUUAGUAAUAAUUCACACUCAUGAAGCUUUCUGA